UUGAACGACUCGAUCAGCAACAUUUGCAUUGAAAACACAGCAGCAGAACGGCCUACACACACAAACACACACAAACACACACAAACACACACAAACACACAGAAGGGAGAAAGAGAGAAAGAGAGAAAGAGAGAAAGAGAGGAAGAGAGAAGUGAUUGAACGCGGCGGAGAUUGACUGGCUUAGCCGCACACACCCGCUUGAGCUCAGAGCAGCCCAAGAAUCACGGCUCAGACUGGCUGGGCUCACGCCAACCGGCUGAUUCAUGCCCACCCGGGCCAGGCCCGCCUUUGGCCCGCCCUGAUUCAUGGACCACAGUGCCCAUCGCGCCUGACGCCCUUUUGAGCCGCCUCAUUGGCACGGGCGUGGCCGAACGCUAAAUGUUAAGCAUGCGGCGGGGGAGUGCGGCCCACCCGCUGAUCCACGGGGCGGUAGGCCUGACCGUGCUGGUUCUGCUGGUGAUGCCGCCCACCCGAGGGGUUCGCCCCAAGCGUUCCGAGGAUGACCCGGCCUCGUUGCCGGACAUUGAUUUUGAUGCCAUGUACUACGAGACGGCGUUGCGGCCGUCCGAGGGCACGCUCAUCGCCUCCACCUUGGAUGGGAGUCUGGUGGCCCUCAAUCAGAACUCCGGUCAAGUCCUCUGGCAAAUGAACGACCAACCCGUGGUCAAGAGUCCCUACGACGCCGACAAACCCAUUUUGCCCGCAUUCUUACCGGAUCCCAAAGACGGCUCCAUCUACAUGAUUGGCGGGGGCCUGAAGGAUCCACUGAAGAAGCUGCCCUUUACCAUCCCUGAAUUGGUGGCCGCCUCGCCCUGCAAAAGUAGCGAUGGUAUCCUGUACACGGGCAAGAAAGUGGACACCUGGUUCUCGGUGGACCGGUACACGGGUGCCCGACAAGGGUCCAUCUCGGCCGCCCACGGCUGUGUGGUGGGCAAUGAGGACCAAUGUCCCAACAUCUCGCCGGCCAAUUUCCUCAUUGGCAGGACCGAAUAUAACAUUAUGAUGUACGAUAGUCGGGCGCAGGGUCGGAAGUGGAACAUCACGUUCUUUGACUACUCAUCCAAUUUGGCUAAAGGAGACGUUGGUUUGGAAUAUGAUAUGGCACAUUUCACGGACAGUUCCCAGGGAUCUUUGGUGACUUUGGAUCGUCGGACCGGUUUGGUUCAGUGGGAGCAGCAAAUCGGAUCGCCCAUUGUGGCCAUGUUCCGUCUAGAAGGUGAUGGCAUGGUCAAUGUGCCCUUCACAUCCGUGUCCAAAGAGACGUUGAUCAAUCUCAUGGAUCAGUUCAACGCCCCCGAGUCCAAUAACGAGCUAAUUGGCGAAACCAAGCUCUUUCCCACGUUGUAUGUGGGUGAACAUGACCACGGGUUAUUUGCCAUGCAAUCGUUGGUGGAUGAGCAAACGCUCACCAUAUCUCCCAACAGCAACGGUCCGCUUUUGUUGGAGGGCCCUCAAAACUUUCACAUGCCCUCGGAAAUCAACCUGGAUGUGAUUUCCGACAACGCCGGAAUCCCUUUCGACCCGCUAGGAAUACCAUCCCACAAUCCCAAGCCCGAGUCCGGCGAAUCCUCCUCUGUCCUCUUGUUUGGAUACUAUCAAGUUCCAGAAUACUCCACCAUCAAACUCAGCCCUGCAUUGACUCAAUUGCAAUUGACGAGCACGACCGGUGCUCGAAGGGGCGAGCGAUUCCUCUCCAAAGGCCCGGAUGCUCGUCUGAUCCCUCCGCUCUUUCCCAAUGAGGUUUUCCAUACGGAUCCUCCCAGACCUGUGAAAGAGCGGGACAAUCCGUUUGAUGAAGGGCCGGAUGGCACCACGACCUACACGGCCCCAUACCCGUUCUCACCCCGAAAUCAGUCCAAGCAACCUCCGGCCCAAUGUCUGUACGAUUCGGCUUUUAUCGAAUUUGGGUUGGACCAAAUCAAGGCAUUGAAUACGACCUUCUUCCUCUCGUACGAUCUCGUGAAAUGGGGCCGGGAGCUUGUGCCGUUGAUUCGCGAGAGUUUCUACGCCAUCGAGAACAAGGAGCUCAAAGUGAUUGCCGUGCUUCUUUUCGUGGCCGUCUACUGUCUCUUCAAGCUUAUGCAAACGAAUAACCAAUCGAUCCAUUCAAGCUUUCGAAUGGGACAGAGCUCCGUGGGUUCGUCGUCCAGUCAGCACAGUGCUUACAAUGUGACGGCCAAUCCCGUUCUUCAAUCCGACGGAAGUGUUCGAGUGGGUCAGAUCUAUUUCGACCCCAAUCAGACCUUGGGCAAGGGCUGUGAAGGCACCUUCGUUUAUAGGGGAAAAUUUGAUUCGCGUGCUGUGGCCGUAAAACGCGUUUUGGCCGCCUGUUUCAGCAUCGCGGAUCGAGAAGUUGAUCUGUUGCGAGAGUCGGACGAGCAUCCCAAUGUGAUUCGAUACUUUUGCAUGGAACAGGACACCCAAUUUCGAUACAUCGCGCUUGAGUUGUGUGUGGCGACCUUGCAGGAUUUAGUGGAUGGCAAAUAUCACAACCCGAGCUUAGACCAUCUCACUGUCUUAAGACAGGCCAGUCAAGGCUUGCUCCAUCUCCACAACCUGGACAUUGUGCAUCGGGACAUCAAGCCUCAGAAUGUGUUGAUAUCCAUGCCCGGAUCCAAGGGCGAGAUACGAGCCAUGAUCUCCGAUUUUGGGUUGUGCAAGAAACUCAAAAUGGGCCGCAUGUCGUUCUCGCGGAGAUCGGGCGUGGCCGGCACGGAUGGGUGGAUAGCCCCGGAAAUCAUGUUGGGCCAUCGGUCCAAUACUUGUGCUGUGGAUGUGUUCUCCUUGGGCUGUGUGUUCUAUUACGUGUUGUCCAAAGGCUCGCAUCCUUUCGGGGAAAGCUUCCGACGACAGGCCAACAUCUUGGCUAAUGAAUUCGACCUGAGCAAGCUCAAUGAAAGCAAGAUUGUGGAGCGAUCGCUCAUCGAACAAAUGAUCUUGCAUGAGCAAAGUGCUCGGCCAACCAUCCGAGCCAUUCUCCGACAUCCAUUGUUCUGGAGCAAGGAGAAACUGCUCAAUUUCCUUCAGGAUGUGUCGGAUCGCGUGGACAAAGAAGAUUCGGAUAGUGCACUUCUGGCCGCUUUGGAAAGGCAUAGACUCGACAUCGUUCGAGGCAAUUGGCACGACAAUCUGGAUCCCGCCAUUCAAGAGGAUUUGCGCAAGCAUCGCAGUUACAACGGCAAAACGGUCCGAGAUCUCCUCCGAGCUAUGCGCAACAAGAAGCAUCACUAUAACGAGUUGCCCCCGGAGAUCAAGAUCACCUACGGUCGAAUUCCCGACCAGUACGUCAUGUACUGGAUUAGUCGUUUUCCACGACUUGUCAUUCAUUCUUGGCAUGCCAUGCACUGCAUUAAGAACGAACCUACUUUCGUGAAGUAUUUCGACAAGAACUACGACUUCCUCCAGGCACUUGACGUGAAUGGACAACUUGCUCAAGACCCCGCUCAAAUGGUAAGGCACGAUACCUUGCCCAAAUCGAGUGCCGACCGUCCUUUGGUGCCCGGAGCUUAUCUCUUCAACCAGAAUCGCCAACGACCCGGAAACACGUUCUUCGAGCCCGUUUUCCGGACCCAACCCAAACUUCGUUUGGACGACGAUAAUGAUGAUGAUGGGGAGUUAUUCCAGGAGUUCGAAAACUCCGGACGCUCUGUUGUAUCCCGAUGGAGUCAAAUCGAUACCACUUCAGAACCUCCCUCUCUGGAUCAUCAUGAUCAUCAUUAUCAUCAUCACCCGCACCGCUCGCCCUCAAUGGUAAAAGAGGACCAAGAAGAAGAGGCCGAGCAGGAAGCCCCGGUCUCGUUUCAAGGUCCCCUGGAUCUGGUCGUACCGGAGCUCAAGCGGCCGGCUCAAAACGGACAAGCCAAGUUCAUUCAUAAGGUGCCACAGAUCAGCUCCAAGGCCCGAGAGCAGUUCCUAAUGGAACAAGUCGAAAAGGAUAAGGAGCUUUUGGCCGAAAAUCAGCCCACUUGGGCCGAGGCCGCGCGCAAUAUUUCAGCUCUGGACAAGAUCAAGGCCACUGUGCCCGAGGGCAAACCUCUAGACCAAGUGGAUGGAUCCGUACAAUGCGAGGAGAAAGAAGCACAACAACCCGAACUAUGUGAUACCCAUCUCAGUCCUGUGAAUGGAGGGGUGAAAGAAAACGGUGGCGGCGACGACGACUCGUGUGAUAAGGACCUAAACGCCGAUGACGUGAUCGAUGAUAUGCGUGGAGGUACGGUUUGGAUCCUGCCUCCAGCCAGUGAUACGCCAAAGAAAAAGGUUAAAAAGAAAAAGUCGAAGAAGGGAUAAGGAGAGAGCAUGAUUCCACCUUCCAAGAGGCGCCCCAAUCUCCCGGCCGCCCAAAAGCGACGGAAUUCUUUGCGCAACCCACAAAAAAAUGUGACCUUGGGCAUUUACCUACCACGUGAACCAUUUGAAGUUAGUGUACAUGUCAACGCGCACAUGUAAUGUAUCAUCACCUAUUAACACUUGAGAUUAUACAAAGAACCAUUUCAACAAUGUGAUAAUAUGCAAUUUCUCUCGGAUUGUACAAAUAUACACUCUUGUUUUAAA